GCUAACAACCAAAACAGUAUAAAGAAGUGUUUUCCUUUAUAUAAAAUAUUACAUAUACAAGUUAUUGUCACUACAUCAAUCACAGUCCUCCGAACAUCCAAUUCAAUCACUGUAAUGGCGAAGGAAGAAGUGUUUGAGUUUCUCGGGAACGUUCCUCUGCUACAGAGGCUUCCUGGCUCGUCUGUUCGGAAGAUAUCUGAGCUUGUAAUUCCCAAAUACUAUGAGCCGAGAGAGUAUGUUGUUCGUGAGGGGGAACGUGGGGAUGGUCUGUACUUCAUCUGGGAAGGAGAGGCUGAGGUUGUUAACUCUGUUAGUGCUGAUGAUGAUGAUCAUCCAGAGUUUCAAUUGAAAAGAUAUGACUACUUUGGUUUUGGGUUAUCAAAUGAAGUUCACCAUGCUGAUGUCAUAGCUUUGACAAAGCUAUCGUGCUUGGUACUGCCCCACGAGCAUUCAGCAUUGCUGCAAUCGAAGUCUAUCUGGAGUGCAGAAAAAUCUGGUGAUACAUGCUCACCUGUGGAGCAUAUAUUGCAUUUGGAACCUAUAGAGGUAGAUAUCUUCCGAGGAAUCACUCCCCCAGAUGCUCCAAAAUUUGGAAAAGUAUUUGGUGGACAAAUAGUUGGACAGGCACUGGCUGCAGCAUCAAAAUCUGUUGAUUGUCUUAAAGUUGUUCAUAGCUUGCAUGUCUAUUUUCUUCUUGUGGGGGAUUUUAAUAGUAAGUGAGCUUAAUCUGAACUUCAUUGACAAUACUCCCAUAUAGCUCAUUCUUUGUCUCUUUCUACUUUUCUCCCUUGAAAGAUUCAUUUUCUUUUCUUGGUCCACC